GCAGCCUUGGCCUUAGAAGGCGAACCGCCUGGCCUCCCCGGGACACGCCGCGCGCCCCCCGAGCGCGGUCAGCCCAGGGGACCGGGACCGGGACCGGGACGGGGCGGCGCAGCCUGAGCCAGGACCCCGCCCGGCCCCGCGACAUGCGGCGGGAGAGGCGCCGCGCCCCCCGCCCGCCUGUCCGCCAUGGAGGUGCUGCGGCGCUCGUCGGUCCUGGCCGCAGAGAUCAUGGACGCGUUUGAGCGCUCGCCCAGCGACAAGGAGCUGGUGGCCCAGGCCAAGGCGCUCGGCCGCGAGUUCGUGCACGCGCGCCUGCUGCGCGCCGGCCUGGUCUGGAGCGCGCCCGCGCCCGCCCCGGGGGGCCGCCUGGCGGAGGUGAGCGCGGUGCUGCUGCUCCUGGGGGACGAGCUGGAGCUGAUGCGGCCUGGCGUUUACCGCAACGUGGCGCGGCAGCUGAACCUGCCCCUGCAGUCUGAGCCGGUGGUGACAGACGCCUUCCUGGCUGUGGCCGCCCAGAUCUUCUCUGCGGGCAUCACAUGGGGCAAGGUGGUGUCCCUGUACGCGGUGGCCGCCGGGCUGGCCGUGGACUGCGUGCGGCAGGCCCAGCCCGCCAUGGUGCACGCCCUCGUCGACUGCCUGGGCGAGUUUGUGCGCAAGACCCUGGCCUCCUGGCUGAGGCGGCGAGGAGGAUGGACUGACGUGCUCCAGUGCGUGGUCAGCUCAGACCCCGGCUUCCGCUCCCACUGGCUGGUGGCCGCGCUCUGCCGCUUCGGGCGCUUCCUCAAGGCUGCCUUCUUCCUGCUGCUGCCCGAGAGAUGAGUGCCGGAGGGCUGGAUGGCAGGGACCCUUGGGGCUGGCCUCUGGGGUCAGGGUACUGCCCUCGUCCAGCCGGACCUGCCCUCCUGGGAGGAGGUGGGGGUUGCUGCAGCAUGCCCGGUGUGGGCUCCAGUCCCGGAGGGAGCAGGGGUGCGGCUACGAGUGCGGGGAACCCAAAAGGACUUUGUACUACUCAAUAAAGUGUCACCUCAGCCCAGGUGACAGGACGACC